AUGACGACCCUGCUACUCAUCUCCUUGGUCAGCUGUCUCGUUGCUGUGAAUCAAGCCAGCCUCAUCAACCGAUGUGACUUGGCCAAGGUGCUGCACCAGGAGGAUUUGGAUGGCUUUGAGGGCUACUCCCUGAGUGACUGGCUGUGCCUGGCUUUCGUGGAAAGUCACUUCAACAUAACAAAGGUAAAUGAAAAUACAGAUGGCAGCUUUGACUAUGGCAUCUUCCAGAUCAACAGCCACUACUGGUGCAAUGAUUACAAGAGUCACACGGAAAACAUUUGCCAAGUGGACUGUCAAGAACUGCUGAGCCCCAAUCUUCUUUCAAUCAUCAACUGUGCGAAAAAGAUUGUGUCCGGAACAGAGGGGAUGAAGAACUGGGUAAAAUGGAGGUUGCACUGUGCAGGCCGGCCACUCUCCUACUGGAUGACAGGAUGUCACCUGGCAUGA